UGCGUAAUGCUUGCAAAAAGUUUUAGUGGGUUUUUCGUGAAAAUUUAAGCGAUUCUUACGUUUGUUUGUAAUAUUGUGGUGUAAAAUCUAAUUUUGGUAGUGAAGCAAAGUUCAGCAAAAUGCAUCGUCGUGGGGGAAAGCGCAUUCGAAUGGAUGAACCGCCGCCGGAUUUCGACGAACCUCUCGAGGCACCGUUUCAUAGUGAGCCGCACAACGAGAGCUGGUCCUCUGGUGGAGCUGGCGAGGGUCCUUCGGAAGAGCACCAACAUCCGGAGGAGGAAGGUAGUGGCCGUCCCGGUGGUCGGAUGACCCGUUUGCGGGCCCGGGGAGGUGUACCGCUGAAGGCUCCGAUCAUCGAUGACGACGAUGAUGAUAUAUUUUUCGGAACCAGAUUCGAGGUAAAUCAGCAGCAGCAGCAGCUGCAAGGUUUGCAGCACAAGAAACGGAAGGCUCCCAGAAAACCGAGAGGGGAUGCGGCUCCGAAGGAACCGCGGGAGAAGAGAGAACGGGUCUAUCAUGACCACGAGGAACGCGUGGUGGUGACGGACCGUGAAAGUACGACCGAUGAGAGCAGUUUGUAUUUCAUACUGCGCCACUCGAAGUCGGCCAUUACGGGAAUAGUCGACGAUUGGAUCGAAAGUUACAAGUUGGACAAGGAUUCGGCCUUGAUUGCGUUGAUGAACUUUUUUGUCCACGCGAGUGGUUGCAAGGGGAGGAUUACUCCUGAGAUGCAGCAAACCAUGGAGCACACGGCAAUCAUCCGGAAGAUGACCGAGGAGUUCGACGAGGACAGUCACGAAUAUCCGCUGAUAAUGCCCGGGCAGCAGUGGAAGAAGUUCAAGAUGAACUUUUGCGAUUUCGUACAGACACUGGUCAAGCAGUGCCAAUACUCGAUCAUCUACGAUCAGUUUCUCAUGGACAACGUAAUUUCGCUGUUGACGGGCUUGUCGGAUUCGCAAGUUCGGGCAUUCCGGCACACCGCAACCUUGGCAGCAAUGAAGCUGAUGACCGCACUGGUCGAUGUGGCUCUGCUCGUGUCGGUCAACUUUGACAACGCAGCUCGCCAGUACGACGCGGAACGGCUGAAGCCUCGCGACAAACGGGCGCCGGAUCGUUUGGAAUCGCUGAUGGCCAAGCGGACGGAGCUGGAGGAGAAUAUGGACGAAAUCAAGAACAUGCUGACUUAUAUGUUCAAGUCGGUAUUCGUGCAUCGCUACAGGGACACGCUGCCGGAGAUCAGAGCGAUUUGUAUGUCGGAAAUCGGCAUCUGGAUGCAGAAGUUUUCCCAGAACUUUUUGGAUGAUUCGUACUUGAAGUACAUCGGUUGGACGUUGCACGAUAAGGUUGGGGAAGUUCGGUUGCGGUGCUUGCAGGCUCUGUUGCCUUUGUAUGAGAACGAGGAGCUGAAGGGCAAGUUGGAGCUGUUCACGUCCAAGUUCAAGGACCGCAUCGUGGCAAUGACGCUGGAUAAGGAGUUUGAUGCUGCCGUUCAUGCGGUCAAAUUGGUCAUCAACAUCUUGAAAAUCCACCAGGACAUCCUGACCGAUAAGGAUUGCGAAAUCGUGUACGAGUUGGUCUAUUCGUCGCAUCGUGGCGUGGCUCAGGCCGCAGCCGAGUUUCUGAAUGUCCGCCUGUUCUGCUUGGACGCCGAUGCUCAAGCAAACUACACCAAGCGGGGCAAAAAGCGUCUGCCCAACACUCCGCUGAUUCGAGAUCUAGUGCAGUUCUUCAUUGAAUCCGAGCUGCACGAACACGGCGCAUAUUUGGUGGAUUCGUUCAUCGAUAGCAACCCGAUGGUUAAGGACUGGGAGUGUAUGACGGAUCUGCUGCUAGAAGAACCGGGACCCUUGGAGGAAACGUUGGAUAACAAGCAGGAAUCGACCUUGAUUGAGAUCAUGGUUAGCGCCGUCAGACAGGCAGCCACUGGAGAACCCCCGGUGGGCCGUGGAAGCAGCAGAAAGAUGACCUUGAGUGCCAAGGAGAUCAAACAGGUCCAGGAUGAUAAGCAAAAGUUGACCGAACAUUUCAUCCACAUGCUGCCGUUGCUGUUGAACAAAUACAGUGCGGACAGUGAGAAGCUCACGAACCUGCUGGCGAUUCCGCAGUACUUUGACUUGGAGCUGUACACAACCACCAGACAGGAGGCAAAUCUCCAGGCCCUGCUGGACAAAAUGACCCACAUCAUGUCGAUUCACGUCGAUCGUGAAGUUCUGGAGACUUGCUCAAAGACAUUCGAAUUCCUGUGCACCGAAGGCAGUGCCAUCUACACCCGCUGCGACGUGGCCAGAUCGAACGUAAUCGACGAAUGUGUCAAUCGCUACAAGGAGGCCAUCGACGAUUAUCGCAACCUGAUCGCCGGCGAAGAAACUCCCAACGAGGAUGAAAUCUAUAACGUCAACAUCAGCCUCAAAAAGGUUUCCAUCUUGUAUUCGUGUCACAAUUUGAAUCCCUGGAAUCUGUUCGACUCUCUGUACCAAGACAUCGAGGAAAGUCUGUCGGAAAACGCCGGCGACAACGGCAUUCCGCACGAAGCUUUGGUCUACUGCAUCGAGGCGUGUGUCUUCUCCAUCAAUUGGGGGUUGUAUUUCCUGGAGAACACCAUGGACCGAUCAGCUGCCUCCGAAGUGGACGAACUGGCCCAGAAUCUGCAAAAGUACAUGAACGCUUGCAACGAGCUGAUGCACUACGAGGUGGCCCCAACUGUGCAGGAAGCAGCCUACAUGUCCAUCUGCGACUUGCUGAUCGUGUUCAGCGAUCAACUGGCCACCCAUCCGAACGAAAACAUCCGCAAACUGGUGUACAUUCCAAGCCCGGAACAGCAAACCCUGCUCAACGAAUUCGUCCAGGCGAAUGUAUUCUCCACGGAACAGGAGGAAGGCCACGACGAAACUCGCAUCGAGGAACUGCACAAGAGGAGAAACUUUUUGGCUGCCUACUGCAAGCUGAUUGUCUACAACAUCCUUCCCAUGAAAUCAGCUGCUGACAUUUUCAAACACUACUUAAAGUGCUACAACGAGUACGGUGACAUCAUCAAGACCACCCUGGGCAAGACCCGCGAAAUCAACAAGAUCAACUGCGCCAUGACCAUGUGUCUGAGUUUAAUCAACAUCUUCAAGGACAUCCAAGAUGCUUCACCGGGGGGUCGGGUUUCGAGAAACUCCCAGGAAUUCCAAGAUCUCAAGGAAUUGGCCAAGCGCUUUGCCCUUUCCUUCGGACUGGAUGCGGUUAAGAAUCGAGAAGCCAUCACGGUGUUCCAUCGGGCGGGCAUUCUUUUCGCCGUAACGAUCCCGAACGAUGCCAACGAAGAUCCAUCGGCACCGCCGCCGUGCAUCGCCUUCCUGGAGGUGUUGGCCGAACUGACCAACAAGCUGAUCAAGCAGGACAAGAAACUGAUUCUCAGCUUCAUGGAGCGCCGGUUGAAUGCGGGUAUUCCGUCGAGCCGAUCCGAAGACUGGCAACCGCUGAUGUCGUACAAAAAUUCGCUGCUACAUGGCGAAACCGACCAGAUGCCGGUCACAUCCAAGCGGGCGUACUCGCGGAAGAAGAAGGAUUACGACCACGAGGACGACGAGGAACACGACGAUGAAGACGAUCAGGAUUAUGUUGCGUAAAGUUUGUGGAGAGCAAUUUACUCGU